CAUCACAGGGUUGUUUUGGAGGAAGUUAAAGCAGAUCCCGAAACAGAAAGAGAAGAGAGCCGUCAGUUUACCGAGGGGUAGCAACGGUUUUAGCACUCGUAUCGGUAUUCCCCAUUCCGGAUUAAUUCACCCCUACACUAGUGGAAACGAGUCAGUCCCCUGCUGCAACAGCGACGGGAGUUGUUUUUUUGUUUUGCACCAUAAACAUCAGUCUUGUGAAAGGACACGGCAGCAUUUUAGCUCACAGGCUAAAACACUAGAACAAAUACAGACUGAUAUUCGCUAGAUCUCCUGCUUUAUAAACCAGUUGUGACACUAUGACAUCAAGGAAGAAAGUUCUACUCAAGGUGAUCAUCCUUGGAGACUCCGGGGUCGGGAAGACGUCUCUGAUGAACCAAUAUGUGAAUAAGAAGUUCAGUAAUCAGUAUAAAGCUACUAUAGGAGCAGAUUUCUUGACAAAAGAAGUGAUGGUGGAUGACCGACUUGUCACAAUGCAGAUAUGGGACACAGCAGGUCAGGAGAGGUUCCAGUCGCUGGGUGUGGCUUUUUACCGCGGUGCCGACUGCUGCGUGUUGGUGUUUGACGUCACUGCCCCCAACACCUUUAAGACACUGGACAGCUGGAGGGACGAGUUCCUCAUCCAGGCCAGUCCGCGCGACCCAGAAAACUUCCCAUUCGUGGUGCUGGGCAACAAAAUUGAUCUGGAGAAUAGGCAGGUAACAACCAAGCGAGCACAGGCUUGGUGCCAGAGUAAGAACAAUAUCCCGUACUUUGAGACCAGUGCAAAGGAAGCCAUCAACGUAGAGCAGGCUUUCCAAACCAUCGCACGCAACGCACUCAAACAGGAAACCGAAGUGGAGUUAUACAAUGAGUUCCCCGAGCCAAUCAAACUAGACCGGAACGAUAGAGCCAAACCAAUAGCAGAGUCUUGUAGCUGCUGAAGACCUCCAGGGGCACACUCUCUUUCUUUUUCUCACCCCAUCUCUUUCUUCGUCUCUUCCUCACCCUUUACCUUAACAUAAUCACUGGCCUUUGUCAUUCAGUAUCCUGCACAGUUUACAUUCACAGCCACACACACCCACAUGCUUGAGAGGCUAAAUCUCUCUCCCAUAGUAAUCAAGAAGACAUUUUCCUGCGCUGUCCCGACACCUCUCACCAGUUCUAAAGAAUCGUCCUACUAAACUCUCCAGAACACUUGAAUGGCUCUUGGGAUUUUUUUCUAUAUGAUCCAGUCCCGCAGUGCAAUUGGAACGUGUGUGAUGCGAGCGGGGAUGUGUAUCAAUGCAUUAAAGCUGUACAUACCUGAACUUCCAGAUGCUCUCAACCGCUUCCUCAUUCUGCUUAAAAUAAAGUGAUGACCUGACAGAAAGCAUAUUCUACAUGCUUUAUUUGCAUCUCAGUCAUAUAUUCAAAAAUGCUUCUGUUGGCAGGAUGUACCACCAUCCAAGUCUUGAAGCACUGGGGUCCAAAACUGCCCCUAACCCCUCUCACUUUUACAUCUGAAAUCUGCAGCCCAUUAAUCCAGUACACAUAAAAAUGUAAUAGGUGAUGGUGAAUUCAGACAUAAUUUGAAUAUGUAUCUCUUUACAAUUCAUGCUAUGACGAUUCUGAUUUCUGUAUUGUCUUAUUAUCAAACCUCAGCAUGACCAAACCUCUGCGAGUCUGCCAUGAACAAGAUGUGGCUUAGGCCGUCUCUCAUCUAUAGUUUUUUAUUCAUAUCUUGCCAGGCCUCUACCAGUAGCUCAGGAUGGUGGAGAAUUUAAGUGCUCAGUAUCACUCAGCCGUUUGCCUGACUCUUUUUGUUCAUUAUAAUUGUAAUUAUUAUUAUUAUCUGCAUUGCAUAUACAAAUAAACAACAACUGGGUAAAACUGAA